AUGAUUUUCCGUCCCAUUCGCAGCACGAGGCAUGAAGUAUACGAAUCGAGUGUCAGGCAGAACCAGGCGGAUCCCGGGAAAAGGUUUUUCUCCCCGACCAUCGUCAUUUGCGCCGGCCGCAGUGGAGGUCAGGGGAAGCGACCUGGUCCACGCGCCAGGAAUGUUAUUCGCAGUGGAAUCACUAACUCGACUGGGGCAAAGUGCCAAGCCAGCCAACCCCUGGACGGUCUCCAGUCGUCCGCCGUUGGCCAAAUCACUGCGUGUCGUCGCCCCGAAGCUCGGGACGACCGGCAGUUCCUGCUGCUUGGCAGGUUUCGUGGACGCGACUCCGCAACGAGUACGGCAGUGCUUACGUACUGGGGGCGAUUCUGCGCAAGCAUGCUGACGGGGCGCCUUCCGCGUAGUGUCGUGUGGCUGCUUAGGGGAAGCAAACCCGAGUCCGAAAUCAUUCCAGCCGCGGGCAUCGUGGCUCCGAACCACUCAAGCCACUUGAAGCCGCUCCGGCGACCACUCGGACUAUGCGUGUACGCCCCCAUGCGCCAUGCAGCAUUACCUCCUGGCCGGCAGCAACCAAACCACGCCGGACGCUGUGGAACCCCGACUGGGCUAACAAUACGGCGCCAGGCACAAUACGAGAGACGGAGGAGAGGAACACUCCCGCCUAGACGCGAGGCCUCUUGCAGCUCCUUCUCCAGUGAUGUGUGCGGGCUCCACCGUCCGAAACAAUGCCAAGCCAGCUCGCUCGGAUCGUCUGGCCCUUGUUCUGCUUUCUUCCUCCCCCGACGUCCGACUCCCAAGUCCUCUCCUGGAGAGCGGAGCAAUUUUCCCCCUGCCUAUCUCACUCUAGCGGCGGGCCUCCACUCGUUUGACCCGACUUCCUGGACUGACGACGCCCUCAGCCUGCCUGGCGUCGGCGCCCUCUCUCUCUUGCGGCUAACGAAUUAG